AUGGCAUUUGAAGCAUUAAUUAUAGUGCUUUUACCCCAAGUGGUGUGCAUAAUUUCUAAUGCUAAAUGCAGCAUAAGUGAGCCUCUGCCCUUACUUCACCAGCACUAUGAACCUGGAGACUUAAUUGUUGUUGGCAUUUUGUCUAAGAUCUACAUAUUCUAUACAUUGAUGGACUUCAGUGAACCACCGUCCAGUAAUCUUUUUGAUGAAAUCCUAGAGAUGACAUCAAUCUAUCAGCAAUUCCUAGCUUUGCAAUUUGCAGUCAAGGAGAUCAAUGAUAAUCCUCACAUUUUACCCAAUUACACUCUGGGCUUCCAUAUCUAUAACAGUUAUUUUACUGCAACAUGGACUUAUCGUGCCUCAUUAGAACUGUUCUCUAGCAAGGAGAGAUUCAUCCCUAACUACAAGUGUGAUAUGAAGAAACGACCAAUAGCUGUCAUUGGGGGACCAACAUCUGCAGUUGGAGCUCACAUGACCACCAUCCUGUCCCUCUACAGGAUGACACAGUUCAUCUAUGGCUCAACUCCAGAGAUAAAUGAAAAAACAGAAGUUGUUUUAUACCAACAGAUGUUCCCAAAUGUGCACCACCAAUACAGUGGAAUUCUUCAAUUAAUGCUCCACUUCCAGUGGACUUGGAUAGGGAUGGUCUAUACAAAUUGUGAGAAUGGUGAAAAAUUUGUACAAAAUGUGGUUCCCAUGUUUUCCCUGAAUGGCAUUUGUUUUGCUUUUAUUGAAACUUUGCCAGCCAUUACUUAUUCUAAUAAUAUUUUCUCUUCUGUGGAAGCUGGGAUUGAAACAUUCAAAGUUAUUAUGAGAAGCUCUGCUAAUGUAGUGUUAAUCCAUGGUGAAGCUGAAGAUAUGAUUAUUUUGAGGAUAAUUCCCACCAUAUCCCAAGUGGAAGAUAUACCAUUAUUGGUAAAUGUUAAAGUGUGGGUGUUGACAGCUCAGAUGCAUUUCACAUCACUUCCCUUCCAAAGGAAUGAUGACAUAGACUUCCUCCAUGGUGCUCUCUCCUUUGCAAUUCACUCAAGGGAGGUUUUGGGAUUCCGGGAAUUUCUUCAGAUGAGAAAGCCUAACAUGAAAAAAGAAGAUGCCAUUAUCAAGCUCUUCUGGAAAAAUGCAUUUGAAUGUUCUUACUCCAACUCCAUGAAUGGGGAGAAAGACGCAGUCAUCUGCACUGGUGAAGAAAAACUGGAAAAUCUUCCUUCAUCUGUAUUUGAAAUGGACAUGACUAGCCACAGCUACAGUGUCUACAAUGCUGUCUUUGCAGUGGCACAUGCUUUGCAAGACAUCCAAGCAUCCAUAUUCAGAUACCAAGCAGGAGAUUGUGAAGCCAAACUAAACCUUCUGAAACAACAUCCAUGGAAGCUCAAUCAGUUUGUAAGGAGAGUGUCUUUCAAUAACAGUGCAGGGGAAAAAGUUUCCUUCAAUCAGAAUGGAGAGUUGGAGGUUGGAUUUGAUAUUAUGAACUGGAUUGUAUUUCCAAAUCAGUCUUUUGUGAGAGUCAGAAUUGGAGGGAUCAAUGGCAUGGAUUCUCAAGAAAUAAUGUUUUCUUCUCCUGAAGAAUCUAUUGUGUGGCCUAGGAGAUUUAAUCAGAUCCAGCCACUUUCUCUAUGUAAUAACAAGUGCCAUCCAGGAUACAGUAAGAAAAAGAUAGAAUCAAAGCCUUUUUGCUGCUAUGAUUGUAUUCGAUGUCCUGAUGGGAAGAUUGCUAACCAGGAAGAUAUAGAUGACUGUUUUCAUUGUUCAGAAGAUCAGUACUCAAACGACAACCAAGAUCUGUGUCUCUCAAAAGCAUUAACAUUUUUGAUGUAUGAAGAACUUUUAGGAACCGUUUUAGCCAGCUGUGCUAUUUUCUGUUCUUUCAUUACAGCUGUAGUCUUCUGGGUUUUUAUUAAACAUCAGGAUACUCCUCUAGUUAAAGCCAAUAACCAGAAUCUGACCUACAUUCUCCUUGUUGCUCUCUUAUUAUCUUUUAUUUGUGCUUUGCUAUUUAUUGGUCAACCAUCCAAGAUUACAUGUGUCCUUCGUCAAACAGCUUUUGGAGCUGUCUUCUCAGUGGCCAUGUCUUGUAUUUUAGCCAAAACUAUCAUUGUGGUUCUGGCUUUUAUGGCCACCAAGCCUGGGAUCAAGAUCACCAAGUGGGUAGGGAAAAAACUUGCCAUGUCUGUAGUAUUUGGCUGCUCCUUUGUUCAAGGGAUUAUAUGCACUGUGUGGCUGAUAACAUCUCCCCCAUUCCCUGAUGCUAACAUGAGUUCAAUGGCAGAAGAAAUAGUUCUGGAAUGCAAUGAAGGAUCCAACUACAUGUUCUACUGUGUCUUGGGCUACCUGGGUUUCCUUGCCUUUAUUAGCUUCACACUGGCUUUUCUAGCAAGGAAAUUGCCUGAUGCUUUCAAUGAAGCCAAGUUUAUCACUUUCAGCAUGUUGGUCUUCUGCACUGUCUGGUUGUCCUUUGUUCCAACAUACCUGAGCACCAAGGGAAAAUAUAUGGUUGCUGUGGAGAUUUUCUCUAUCAUAGCCUCCAGCAUUGGGAUACUGAUUUGCAUCUUUUUCCCCAAAUGUUUUAUCAUUAUCUGGAGAUCUGAUCUAAACAAGAAACAAAAGCUAAGCCUAAAAAACUACACAUGGAUGUAA